CUACCAACAUUCGAAAAAUAAUUCUAUGGUCCCGCCGCUACGCAAAAUUGUGCUUCGUUUGAUAAAAAACAAUUAUUUUAUGAAUUUUAUUUAAUAAACACUACAAAUAUGACCGAAAUAGGUGGAUACAGUUACAAAAGAUAUGAGAAAUCGUUAGGUUUAUUGACUACAAGAUUUGUAUCACUCUUGCAAAAAGCGAAGGACGGUGUUUUGGACCUGAAAGUUGCUACAGAAUUAUUAGCUGUUCGUCAGAAACGAAGAAUCUAUGAUAUUACUAACGUUUUGGAAGGUAUUGGUCUCAUAGAAAAGCGAAGUAAAAAUAGUAUACAGUGGAUAGGAGCGUCUCCUGAUGGCACUUCAAGUGAAUUUUGUGCAAAAGUAAGCACAUUGAGAAAUCAAGUUCAUCGCUUAGAAGAGCAUGAAAAUUUAUUAGAUAAGCAAAUGCAUUACAUAGAGCAAAGCAUUAAAAAUGUACUUGACGAUAAAGACAAUAAGGCACUCUCAUAUGUUACCGAGAGAGAUAUCAAGAACUGUUUUGACCAUGAACAAGUACUAGUGUUGGAAUGUCAGCUUGGUACCAAGCUGGCCUUUGGUUGUGUCCCGUUUGAGGAUGAAAAACACUGUGUCCUUCAUUUAAAGUCCCAUGAUCCAGUGGGAGUCAUCCUUUUAUGUGACGCUGACAAGGAAAAGGAUAUGGAUGAGGACAGUACUGACGAAGAAGUUGAGAAUUAUACAGAAGGGUCAAGCAAUAUUACAAAUAAUUCAAAUUAUCUUUUAAGAUUAAGUCCACCGAUAACAAAGCACGAUUUUUCGUUUUCAUUGCGUGGAUCAGAGGGUUUGUGCGAUUUAUUUGACAUACCUUGUUAACUAUCAAUUUUACAGUAUUUUGUGACAAUCUUCUUUUAAAGAAUGUUUUUACAUAUUAUUUUGUGAUCAUGUUGACUUUGUAAAUAAAUCAUGUAAAUAUGAAACAAUCAAAAGUAUACACUAUCAAGAAAGUUUAUUGUGAAUAAAAGAAAUAUUUCUUGUA